AUGAAGUUGUCGGAUUUACCAAAUGAAUUGUUGAACUUAAUAUUUUCAUUUAUACCUACAGAUGAUUUGUAUCGACAGUUUACUCAAAUCCAUGAACUCAACUAUAGUAAGGAUUUCCCCUCGAUUUAUUCUGUGAUUUAUAAGCAACUAUUCUCAAGAACGCUAAUAAUAAGAACUGCCAAAGGUGUUGGUUAUGAUACAAUACGACAAUUCUAUUCAUCAAAUGAGUUGGCUAAUGCAUUGGUUAUUACGUCGUUUGCCACAGGUUAUCAGAUUCUCAAGAUCUUGAUAGAUGGACAUUUCCAUUCAAAUCUACGUAUUUCUCCUAAUGAAAUAACAUUAUUGUUGAGAUAUAUGGAUUCCAUUGAAGAGAUUGAAAACUUUAUUAAAGUUUUAGAACAAUUAUCUUUUGACCUGUUUACUUCAAAUGUGAUCAAGACAAUUAAUUUCCAAAUCAUCUAUGAUGCCAACCCUACAAAUGAGCUUCUUGCAUUGCACAACAAAAUCAAGUACAUGAUGGAAGACAUGAUUCACAAAUCUGAAAAGAUCCUUAUUCAAACCAAAAAGAAUAGUAAAUGGUACCAACCAAUGAACCCGUAUUUAUUGAGGAAUUUAAAAGAAUUAUACUUGUGGAAUAAUGAUAUUGAUAAUCUUGCCAUGAAUGGGUUCUUUAAAUGUGUGCCUGAUGAUUUGAAGAUUUUGGAAUUCUCUGGAAAUAAUACAGCUGAUUUACAAGGAUUUGUAUUGCCACAAAGUUUGAAACGUUUACAUUUAUCAACAAAUAUGAUAAGAUCCUUGGAAGGGGUGGAUUUCAGUAAAUGUUCCAAUUUGCAACUUUUGGAUAUUUCAAUGAAUCGUUUAAUAGAACUUCCCACAGAUCUUAAAUUUCCUGAUUCCACAAAAAGGUUAAUGAUGAACCAUAAUCAAAUUGAAAAUAUUAAUCAAUCACAAGUCCCACUGCAAGUACAAUUUCUCACUUUGUCAUCAAAUUGUUUAACUUCGCUAGAUAAUAUUUAUUUAUCAUCAAGCUUGAUCGUGCUAGAUCUAAGUGAUAAUACUUUUUCAAGUUUUAGAGAGGAUUUUUUCAGUGAAUGUGUUAAUUUGAAGAAGUUAAAUCUAGCCAUAAAUGCAAUCGAUGACUUAGAUGAUUUGGGCCAGCUUCCACCAAAUGUGGAAGAACUCAUCUUGGAUUAUAAUGAAAUUGAUAAUUAUGAUUUUACAAACAUAUUGACUCUAAAAAAAUUGAAGAAGCUUUCAAUGACAGGUACAGGUUUAAUGUUUUUAAAGGAUAUUAAGUUUCCAAGCACUUUAGUACAACUAAUUCUCAAGGAUAAUGAAAUCAAUGAAAUUAUAAAUGUGGAUUUUGGAAACAGUUUAGAAUUCCUUGAUUUAAGUUAUAAUAAACUAGAAAACUUCAAUGUUUAUGGAUUGAGGUUACCUUCAACGUUGAAAAAAUUAGAUUUGAGUGAAAAUGGGUUUCAAGAUUUAUCCAAUUUUAUAAUCCCAUCUUCAAUCACCACAUUAUACUUUAACAGAUCGAAUCUAUGUUUGAGCAACAAUUUGCUAUCCAAGUUUCCAGAACAACUAGAAUUUAUUGAACUUAUACGAGCAAUUCCUAAAUCUGUACCCAAACUAAACUUUCUGAAAUUUCAUAAUUUGGUAUCGCUAAACUUGCAGAAAAAUGGAAUCACAAGUAUUGAGAAAUUAGAUUUACCAAACGGUUUGCAGAUUUUAGAUCUUUCACAAAAUUGUAUUCGCCAAGUUUCUUGGAAAUCCAUCCCGGCAACAACACGACACGUUGAAUUAAGAGGAAAUCCCAUUGAGAAUCAAUAA